AUGAAGCUUUUUGCCUUUUUCGCCGCCGCCACUCUCGCCGAGAUAGAAGACGACACCUGCUACUCAAACGGUGAGGAGGUCUCCUGCAGCAAUCUCGCCAGAACCGGGGGUCGAAGCAUCGCUGUUUCGACCGAAGAGAGUUCUGAACGAAGAUAUACUGAUUUGAAGGCGAUCGCGGACAAAGUGUGGAAACUCAACGGACUCGCUGGAAAGAACAAAUUCGAUGAGAGAAAGUACUGGGCUUACGGCUGCCAUUGCUACCUUCUCGGUGAUCGACCCCUCUCUGAAAUGGGCACUGGAGCUCCCAAGGACGAGCUCGACAACAAGUGCAAAGCCUACAAAGAUUGCCAAAAGUGCGUCCGAGACAAGCACGGUGACCAGUGCAUCGGUGAAUUCGUCAAGUACACCUGGAAGUAUGCUUCAAAACGAGGCCGAUUUGAGGGCAUCAACAACGAGGGUUCCUGCGAGCGAGAGCUCUUCCAGUGCGAUCUCAAAUUCGCCCAAGACACCUUCACCGCGAUGAACGUCUUCAGCGAGGACAACCACUUCUUCUGGGGCGGCUUCGACAACCGAGACCCCGACAACUGCCCCUCCAACGGAGGCAUUCCAGUCGAGCACCAGUGCUGCGGCGGUUAUGAUCGAGAAUACCACUGGAUCGGACUCAACAAGAAGAAAUGCUGUCCGGCUUCUGAUGGAAAUAGCGGUGUUGUGACGGAUCUUACUGAAGAGUGCUAA